AAUUCUCUAUACUCCAUUUGAGAGAGCAUAGAAAAAGGGUUUCCAAUCAGAACGAGGAUACGGAAGCUGAGAAAUGGCGAUGGCUAUGGUCCGAUCUGGUCUUCUUCGAAACGCUCUUCGCGGUGCCUCCCGACCCUCUGCCCCUUCCAAGCGCAACUUUGCAUCCUCUGCUCACCACGACGACGCUCGUGAGGCGGGGAAAUGGGAAAAGAUAACAUAUGUAGGCAUUGUUUCAUGCUCUGCUUUAGCAAUUUAUAACCUAUCGAAGGGCCAUCCCCAUUACGAUGAGCCUCCUCCAUACCCAUAUUUGCACAUCCGUAACAAAGAGUUUCCAUGGGGUCCAGAUGGGCUUUUUGAGAAGAAGCACCACCACUAAAACAUUCAUGGCCCAACAAGGGGAUAUCUUCCAGAACCACUCAUGUUUAGCACAUUUCUCUCGUUCUAUCAGAUUUUAUUGGACUACCUUCGGAUGUCGAUGGUAGCUGCUGUUCUUUUGCAUUAUGAACUGUGGUUUAAUACUUGCAAGUGAAAGUUAUUUGGUACAUUUUUUAUGACGUUUGUUUUUAUCACUCUUUUCCCAGCUAAAUAAAAUUGGUGGUAGUGUGGAUGAAA